UUUUUUUAUAUAUACGGAAGCAUUGUGACGUCACCGCAUGUGCUUGUAUUGAGUCAGUUCACUACGUGAGAGUUUGCAUGCUCGCUCUCUGGAAGCAACAAGAACGUCGAGGGUGGUAUGUUCAGUGUUGUUGUGAGUUUAUCUACUUCUUGAACUGGACUCUAGUUGGUCGAUGAGGACUUUUGUGUCGGAGCCGCGAUGGCCCACAGCUGACUUUUGACGCUCUGAACCCUGAAGUGUGCGAGGAAUCCAUGACAAGGAGUGCACAAAACAAACCGGAGUCUUGAAGAAACAUGAUUUACUGCAAAAUUCAUCCUGGAGCCUGCAGAACUUGGCUGACUCGUGUAAGAAACGUAACGUCCAGGCAGGAGCGGAGUUUUUCCACCUUUGUGGGCCCGCAGCCGGUGCCCCCUCUGGGUCAGACCCUGCAGGGCUACCUGAGAGGCCUGGAGCCACUGUUGCCACCCGAUGAGCUCAACCACACCCACAGGAUGGUGCAGGACUUUGGUCGCCCCGGUGGUCUGGGUGCACAGCUCCAGAGGGGCCUGGAGAGGAGAGCCCGGCACACCAAAAACUGGAUCUCAGACUGGUGGGUCCAGUGGGCUUACUUGGAGAGCCGGUUGCCUCUGCCUGUGCACUCCAACCCGGCCAUCUCCCUCCCCAGGAGGGAUUAUAAUGGUUGGAGGAGCCAAUUGUUGUUUGCAUCCAAACUGAUUGCAGCGGUACUUGACUUUAAGGCCAAAAUGGACAAUGGCCAGCUGCCAGUGGAGUACAUGCGAGGCAUGCCUCUCUGCAUGGACCUCUACCCCCUGCUCUUCUCCUCAUGUCGCAUCCCGGGGCCCAAGCACGACUACAUCGCCCACCAUGGGACCCCCCGCCGGUCACCAACACACAUCACUGUGGUCCGGAACUAUCAGUUCUUCCAACUGGACGUGUACAAUAGCGACGGUUCCCGUCUGACAGAGAGUCAAAUCCACGGGCAGCUGUUGAGGAUCAGGUCUCAGUCCUGGAAGACAGACAAGGAGCCGAUGGGCAUCCUGACCAGCGAGCACCGCCACACAUGGGGACAGGCCUACAACCGCCUGCUGGGAGAUAAACUCAACCAGGAAUCGGUGUGGGCAAUAGAGAAGGGACUCUUUUCUCUCUGUCUGGAUUCUCCUGUCAUGAGGAUAUCGGAUGAGAAGUACGCCAGUCGUAAAGCAGCUCAGGUCCUGCAUGGAGGCGGGACCUUCUCCAACAGUGGCAACCGCUGGUUUGACAAAACUCUACAGUUUGUGGUGGGCGAGGACGGCUCCUGGGGUCUUCUGUAUGAGCAAGCCACAGCUGAAGGUCCGCCCAUAGCAACCCUGCUGGAUUACAUCCUGCACUACUGUGAGCAUCCCGAUCCAAAAAGAGCGCCGCUCGUCCCCCUUCCAAUGCCCAAGAAGCUUUACUUCCACAUCGAUCGAGAAAUCAAGAGAGACAUUGAACAUGCCAAGCAGAACCUUGAUAUACUGAUUAAUGACCUGGAUGUCAACGUGUUUAACUUCAAGAGGUUUGGCAAAGAUCUUCCCAAGCAGCAAAACCUGAGUCCAAACUCCUUCAUCCAGGUGGCCCUUCAGCUAGCCUACUACAGAGUUCACAACGAGGUGUGUCCCACGUGCGACAUUGCAUCUCAGAGGAUGUUUCGAAAAGGAAGGACCGAGUACAUCCGCUCGCCCACCAGCCAGACUCUUCGAUUCAUCCUUGCCUUCGUCGAUCCAUCUGCGUCGCGCGAAGCCAAAGUCCAGCUGUUCAGAGAAGCCGUUGAAGCAUACUCAGCUUUGACUUCCCAGGUUCUUAAAGGACAUGGUAUAGACCGCCACCUUCUGGGCCUGAAGCUGCAGGCCAUCGAAGAGGGAUGGAGCGUCCCCAAGAUCUUCAUGGAUACUGCCUAUGGUCUGGCAACACACUGGAAACUCCGAACCGGCCAGGUGCCUGCGAGUACAGACAGUGUGAUGUGUUUUGGACCCCUAGUUCCUGACGGUUACGCCGUAUGUUACAACCCACAGUCAGACCACGUCCACUUUUCCAUAACCGCCUUCAACUGCUGCGAGGAGACGAAUGCGGAAAAAUUGGGUGUGGCCCUGAAGGACACCCUGUGCCAACUACAGGAGUUACUGCACCCUACUGUGUAGAGCCAAAUGCAUUGACUACUUAAAUAUUGAAAGAAAAUUUUUCAAGAUCACGUGAAAUUGCUUAUGGAGAAUUUUUUUUUUUUUUUUAUGCAUGCCACUCAUUUACAAGCAAGAUUUACAUUCUUAGUACAAAACUACAAGACAAAACAAAAAUCAAAGCCACCUGACACUCCAGUAUUAAUCACAGCCAAAGCUUUUGUAUAUAUGUUGCCAUAUUACCACCAUUUAUCAAUAAAUAUGUUGCCGGGAGAAAGAAAUCAUUUGUAGGUUAAUCAGUUUGUGUUUGUAAAGGACCAAAAGAUGGGAGAAAAAAUGUUGACAGUCACAUAUAUGUUUGGUGCUUGAGUAGAUGUAGUGAUACAUUUGUGCUCAACUUAAUAAAGGUCAUGAACUGCAUUGGCUCGGUUUUUGUUGGCGCUGUUUGGUCGAAUCUUAGCCGAAUUGACAACAUGCCUUUAUGGGCUCAAUGCUUUGUGGAUUGGAGCAAAGUCAUCUUGGAGAACUUUUAAACCAGUGAAGUUUUGUAUGUUGUGUACAUCGUAAAUAAAAACAGAAUACAAUAAUUUGCAAAUCCUUUUUAACCUAAAUUCAAUUGAAUAGACUGCAAAGACAAGAUACUGUUGUGUUCAGAGAAGGGAAGGAGGCGACAACCAGGGCAGAACUGCGGUUUUCAAGGUUUAUUUUAAACGUGGCGCGUGUAUGCUACACUAUGUGUAUGAAUGUAGACUAUGUGUAAUAUUAGUAAUGUAUAUGUUAACAAGGGUUGUUGUCUGUGAGUGUUGAUUGACUCUUUCGUCGAAUCACGAGGGACAAGGCUAGGAGGCAGUUCGUGGACAGACAAGAGGUCGUGGGCAUGAGCGAGGCAUCGUGGUCUGGGUCCGAGCAGGGAUGGUCGUGGAUCGAGUAGGGCAGUCAGGAAUCCGGAUGAAUAUCGAGUGACUUGGCAUGAUCACGGAAGACAGGGGAGUCACUGUGAAAACACAAAGGAACAUUAACCAGCAAAGCAAAGGCGAGGAAACCACGGGGAAGGGAAUGCGAGAUGUGAUGCUUACGGGAAGGUUAGCGACAUUCUGGCAAAGGUUCCUCGGGUCUGCUGGUCUUUAUGGUGCUCCCCUUCAUUAAGUCCAGGUGUGUUGAUUCUUGAUUGAGUGCAGGCUCGUUGCUGCGUGGUCGUGCUGCGCUCAGCACGAGCGAGGGCGUGUCUGAUCGCGCUGUCAGCAGAGGCGCACGCAGCUCCAGCCGCCGAGGAAACGCUGGUUUGACUCUGCGUCAUGACAGUUACUUAACGUUCCAACUUGUAAACUUAGUUAUUUUUUGCAAAUAUUAGCUCAUUUGGAAUUUUGAUGCCUGCAACAUGUUUCAAAAAGGCUGGCACAAGUGGCAAAAAAUACUGAGAAAGUUGAGGAUGGCUCAUCAAACACUUAUUUGGAACAUCUCACAGGUGAACAGGCUAAUUGGGAACAGGUGGGUGCCAUGAUUGGAUAUAAAAGCAGCUUCCAUGAAAUGCUCAGUCAUUCACAAACAAGGAUGGGGCGAGGGUCACCACUUUGUGAACAAAUGCGUGAGCAAAUUGGCGAACAGUUUAAGAACAACAUUUCUCAAUGAUCUAUUGUAAAGAAUUUAGAGAUUUCACCAUCUAUGGUCUGUAAUAUACUCAAAAGGUUCAAGGAAUCUAUAAAAAUCACUGACGUAACAUUGAAUGCCCGUGACCUUGGAUCCCUCAGGCCAGGAGUAGGGAACCUAUGGCUCUCGAGCCAGAUGUGGCUCUUUUGAUGACUGCAUCUGGCUCUCAGAUAAAUCUUGGCUGACAUUGCUUAACUGAAAUGUAAAAAAAUAGUUCAGCUGGUGGUAAUCACAGUGUUAAAAAUAAAAUUCAAAUUAUAAAACA